AUGGCGAGCAGAAAGGGCCAAAGGCCCAAGAAGCCCUUCGUCUACUGCGUCGGCAGCCCGCCGGGCUUCGACCCGGCCGAGCAGGCCCGCAGCGAGGACGUCCGCAACACGACGCUCGCCCUCCUCGACAAGGAUGACUUUGCGGGCGCCGUCCGGAGCUGGUUCAAGAUUACGACCCGGGACAGCUACGUCUACCACGCCAUGGGCAGUUGCGUCUUGGACCAGGUGCAGCACGUCGUUGGCCUCGGCGCCGUGAACGGUCUGCAUGACUGGUAUGCCGACACCGACGGCAAAUAUCUCCCCCGUCCGCCACAGCAAGACAUCCUCGCCUACACAGCUCUCUUCUCCCCAACGGCCUCCUUCCAGCCCGCCCUGCGCUCCCUCUCCUCCAACGCAAAGAAGCAGUCCCUCCGCGCCUCCGUAGCCGCCCACCUCUCGGCGACGCGCUUCAUCCACCCGCACCUCCAGGCCGCCCUCGCCAUCCCCCGCCUCCCCAAGUCCGCCAAGCACCCCUUCACCUCCCCGCCGAACCCCUACCUCGACUUCUGGUCCUGGUCCUGCCGCGCGCUCGAGUGGGCCGGCCCCUGCCCAGAGUCCAACCGCCUCCGGCCGCCCAAGGCGCACCACGUCCUCCCCGUCCUCAUGCACCACUUCGGCUGCGCCUGCCCCUCCCACGAAGCCCUCGAGAUCCUGCGCCUCCUGUCCGCCGCCGCAGCAGGAGGAGACGGCAAGCCCAGGUCCAAGCCCCGCACCGUCGCAGACGUCGGCUCCGGCGGAGGGUACUGGACCUACUGCCUCCGCGCCCGCGGCGUCCCCUGCCUCGCCGUCGACAGCGCCCAGUCCGAGUGGCGCGCGACCUGGGUCCCGGACACGGUCAUCGCCGACGGCGCGUCGUGGCUCAGCAGCGCGACGGGCUCGGAGGACGGCGACGACCUCAUCCUGCUGCUCGUCUACCCCGUCGUGGGCGGCGGUGCCGGCGCCGGCGGCGAGGAAGGGAGCUUCACGCGCGGCCUGCUCGACGCCUACGCCGGCGACACGGUCGUUGUCGUGGGCACCCAGAACGCCAACGGCUACACGGGCUUCAGCGACAUGACCAUGGACCAGUACAUGGCGCGCGAGCGGCCCGAGUGGACGCGCGUCGUGCAGAUACCGCUGCCGAGUUUCGCGGGCAAGGACGAGGCCAUGUACAUCUACCAGCGGGGGAAGCGGGCGCCACCGCCUGUACCAGAGGCCGGGGAGGCCGCUGUAGAAGAUGUAAAUGGUUAG